UGCUGGAGUUACGUAACAACCACCGCGUGUUCUGGGCAGUGCAGGAUCUCCUGCUCUGCCCCAACAAGCAAACUCAGAAAACUGCUGAGGAGGGCACAGAGCCGUGGCCAAGCUUGCAUGGAGGACCGCUCUUUCUUUGAGUCCUCUUUGGAGUUUGCGUCUGCCCAUGGCAUUGGCCUUUCAACUCAGGCAGCCCUCCAGGGCCGAGCCUCUGCCAGGACUCUGCCACAAACUGCCUGGGACAAACUCAUGUGAUGUGUGCAACAGCACCAACCUUCCUGAGGUCGAGAUCAUCAGCCUGCUGGAAGAGCAGCUGCCCCAUUACAAGCUGAGAGCCGACACCAUCUAUGGUUACGACCACGAUGACUGGCUGCACACACCUCUCAUUUCCCCAGACGCCAACAUCGACCUCACAACCGAGCAGAUUGAAGAGACCCUGAAAUACUUCCUUCUCUGUGCUGAAAGAGUUGGCCAGAUGACCAAGACAUACAGUGACCUAGACGCUGUCACAAGGCUUCUCGAGGAGGUAUCUCAGCUCCGACACGAGCUGUCAAUGAAGGAUGAGCUGCUUCAGUUCUACACCAGCGCGGCCGAGGAGAGUGAGCCCGAGUCCGUCUGCUCCACCCCACUGAAGCGGAACGAGUCAUCCUCCUCCGUCCAGAACUACCUCCACCUGGAUUCCCUUCAGAAGAAGCUGAAGGACCUCGAAGAGGAGAACGUUGUACUUCGAUCUGAGGCCUGUCAGCUGAAGACAGAGACCAUCACCUAUGAGGAGAAGGAACAGCAGCUGGUGAAUGACUGCGUGAAGGAGCUGAGGGACGCCAACGUCCAGAUUGCAAGCAUCUCAGAGGAGCUGGCCAAGAAGACAGAAGAUGCCGCUCGCCAGCAGGAGGAGAUCACACACCUGCUGUCGCAGAUCGUGGACCUACAGAAGAAGGCCAAAGCCUGUGCGGUGGAGAAUGAGGAGCUCGUUCAGCACCUAGGCGCUGCCAAGGAUGCCCAGCGGCAACUCACAGCAGAGUUGCGGGAGCUGGAGGACAAGUAUGCAGAGUGCAUGGAGAUGCUUCACGAGGCUCAGGAGGAGCUGAAGAACCUGCGGAACAAGACGAUGCCCAACACCACGUCCCGGCGCUACCACUCACUGGGCCUGUUCCCCAUGGACUCCCUGGCUGCAGAGAUCGAGGGAACUAUGCGUAAGGAGCUGCAGCUGGAAGAGCCGGAGUCUCCAGACAUCACUCACCAGAAGCGUGUCUUUGAGACCGUGAGAAACAUGAACCAAGUGGUCAAGCGGAGAUCACUGACCCCUUCCCCUAUGAACAUCCCUGGCUCCAACCAGUCCUCCGCCAUGAACUCCCUCCUGUCCAGCUGCGUCAGCACCCCCCGCUCCAGCUUCUAUGGCAGCGAUGUUGGCAACGUGGUCCUUGACAACAAGACCAACAGCAUCCUCCUGGAAACUGAGGCAGCCGACCUGGGGAACGAGGAGCGCAAUAAGAAGCCAGGCACCCCAGGCACCCCUGGCUCCCACGACCUGGAGACCGCACUCAGGCGGCUGUCGCUGCGCCGGGAGAACUACCUGUCUGAGCGGAGGUUCUUCGAGGAGGAGCAGGAGAGGAAGCUGCGGGAGCUGGCCGAGAAGGGCGAGCUGCACAGUGGGUCCCUCACGCCCACCGAGAGCAUCAUGUCCCUGGGCACACACUCACGCUUCUCCGAGUUCACGGGCUUCUCCGGCAUGUCCUUCAGCAGUCGCUCCUACCUGCCCGAGAAGCUGCAGAUUGUGAAGCCGCUCGAAGGUUCAGCCACGCUUCACCACUGGCAGCAAUUAGCCCAGCCUCAUCUUGGGGGCAUCCUAGACCCCCGUCCUGGUGUGGUCACCAAGGGCUUCCGGACGCUGGACGUUGACCUGGAUGAAGUGUACUGCCUUAACGACUUUGAGGAAGACGAUACAGGUGACCACAUUUCUCUCACGGGCCUAGCUACCUCCACGCCAGUUCAGCACCCGGAGACCUCAGCGCACUACCCUGGGAAGUGCAUGUCCCAGACCAACUCCACAUUCACCUUCACCACCUGCCGUAUCCUGCAUCCCUCAGACGAGCUCACACGGGUCACGCCAAGCCUUAACUCAGCCCCAGCUCCAGCUUGUAGCAGCACUGGCCACUUGAAAUCCACACCAGUGGCCACGCCAUGCACCCCCCGGAGACUGAGCCUGGCCGAGUCCUUCACAAACAUCCGUGAGUCCACGACCACCAUGAGCACAUCCCUGGGACUGGUGUGGUUACUGAAGGAACGAGGCAUCUCCGCAGCUGUGUACGACCCCCAGAGUUGGGACAGAGCCGGCAGGGGCUCCCUCCUCUACUCCUAUACCCCUAGGAUGGCUGUGAUCCCAUCCACCCCGCCAAACUCCCCUAUGCAGACACCCGUGGCCUCCCCGCCCUCCGAGUUCAAGUGCACGAGCCCUCCCUACAACUUCCUGGCUUCCAAGCCGGCCAGCUCCAUCCUGAGGGACGUGCGGGCGAAGAGACCGGUGAGGAGCAGCGAGAGCCAGACGGACGUGUCUGUCUCCAACCUUAACCUUGUGGACAAAGUCAGGAGGUUUGGGGUGGCUAGAGUGGUGAACUCAGGACGCGCACAUAUCCCCACCUUGACUGAGGAUCAGGCACCUCUCCUCUGUGGAGCCGCAGGGCCAGCACAGGCUCUUGUUCCUGGGGGCCUGGUCCCCGAGGGCCUGCCUCUGGGGUGCCCCAGUGGCAUCCGGCGGAAUCGCAGCUUCCCCACCAUGGUUGGGUCCAGUGUGCAGAUGAGAGCCCCCGUGAUCCUCACCUCGGGCAUCUUGAUGGGCGCUAAGCUCCCCAAACAGACCAGCUUGCGGUGAGGCCAGGGACCGCUGCCCUCCAAGAGACCUGUGGUGUCCUCUCUCUCUGCUCCCCGCCUCCUGUCUCCCACGGAGCACUUGGCACCCUUUCUCCUCUGAGGUCUGCUUCUCCUGAGCUAGACAAAUCAACCUUGUGCCUCUUGGGGGGUGGAGUGUAGAACUCCAUACUGUGUGUACACGGGCCUUGGGGACCUUGCAUCUGCUCUCUUCCAAUCUGCAGGAAGCGAUAGCCCUACAAGGUUAUACACUCACGAUGUCACCCGAGCUCACCCAGGGGAAGGUGGCGUCCUUUCUUCUUUACUCUUAAGAAGCACUGAGAUUCCCAAGUGUGUUCUUAUCCCAUGGAUAGGAAUCUGGUGAAUUCUGCAAAAGACUGUCAGGUUGCACACCAUAGCCGCCUCAUGGCACAGGUCACAAUGCAUCCGCUUCCUGGGUGUCACUGGCCUCCUUGCCCACCUGUGCCAACCGACAGUGCUGCUCACCAUCAGAGAGUUGCUCUUCUGUUUGUAGGUGGUCCAACUUCUUCAAGAUCUGCACUAUUCUGCUCUGAUGGAAUGUCCGUUCUAGCUGUCCGGCUCAGAACCUGACCGGAAAAGAAUGUAUUGACACUCCGACGCGCCAUCGGGCAGCCCCUCUAUAUUCUAUGUGACUCAUUUUUUCCAUUUUUAAAAAUUUUAUUAGCAGGGAAAUCUCAGUACUGACAGUUUCUCUUGGUGGUUCUAUGAUGCCAAAAUGCAAAUGGCACACACACUAACUUGCUAAUAACAUAGCUAAUUUCUGGGACCCAGUGUCGCAGCCAGGUUGAUGUAUGACCAGUUAUCACUGUAAACAGUAGGAACAAAGGGACAGGGGACAAGACUGUUAAAUCUCUACACAGUGGAGGGAACAUCACAUCCUGGGUCAAGGUUGGUCAGAUUUGAUGACUGCUGGCCCCUCUCCACUCUGAAGAGAGCUCAGGCAGCAUGUUUGAGCUCUGCAGUCACUCAGUGGUUUCUUUUUGUUUGUUUGUUUUUGGUUUUUUGAGACAGGGUUUCUCUGUGUAGCCUUGGCUGUCCUGAACUCACUCUGUAGACCAGGCUGCCUUGAAUUCAGAGAUCCUACAUCUGCCUCCCGAGUCCGGGAUUAAAGGCAUACACCACAUUUUUUUUUUAUCCUCUUGUUUGAAGACACGAAUAAGUUUCUUCCCCAGACCUCAAGCCCUUUGUCUCCUCAUCCCAUUUCUGCCCAUAGGAAAAAAAUCAGAGGUGCUUAUGAAUGGAAGAAGCAAGAGGAAUCGAGUGGCCUAGGCCUGUUGCUGUCACCCACUCGGUUAUGGACGAUUAUUUAUUAUCUGUGUGUGCUGUAUGCUAUAUUUUAAUCAGAUGCCUCCCCCCUUCCAGCUCCAGAGAGAGAGAGAGAGAGAGAGAGAGAGAGAGAGAGAGAGAGAGAGAGAGAGAGAGAGUGUG